AUGGCCGAAAAUGACGCGACUCAUAUUGUGAAGGUGCCAAUGACAAAGCGGUCGAAAAAGUUGCAGCAAAAGAGGCUGCGAUUGGCACAGGAAUCACAGACAAAUGAGCAGCCGAAGGCAACGCAAACGACACCUGCUACGAAAAGCACUGAUGGGAUCGCCCGUUCGACCUUCGUCAGCCAACUGGAGCAGCGAUUGGAAAAGAAGGAACGAGCCAAGAAGAAGAAGGAAAAGAAGGGCACCGCUCCAACAAGUGUAGCGCAAUCCACGCCCUCCGCCCCCGAAGCCUACCCGCAGUCGGUCCAAGACAUCCUCAAUUGCUUCUACACGGAA